CCUAUAGAGCCAGUGUCUUGUAUUCUGAGCCGGAGCAGAGGGAGCUGUGUGUGAGUGUACUGGUUGAAUUGGAGCUGUCUGUCCGAGGGUUUAGUCUACAGCCGGAGGUUGUGUACAGGUUCUCAAAAUGUCCCAGAAGAUCAAGGCUGGAUCCGUGGUGGAGAUGCAGGGAGAUGAGAUGACCAGAGUCAUCUGGGAGCUAAUUAAAGAAAAGCUCAUCUUCCCCUACCUGGAGUUAGACCUGCACAGCUAUGACCUGGGCAUGGAGAACCGAGACGCCACAGACGACCGGGUGACGGUGGAAGCGGCCGAGGCGGUGCGGCGCUACAAUGUGGGAAUCAAGUGCGCCACCAUCACUCCGGACGAGAACCGCGUGGAGGAGUUCAAGCUGAAGCAGAUGUGGCGCUCGCCCAACGGCACCAUCCGGAACAUCCUGGGCGGAACCGUGUUCAGAGAGGCCAUCAUCUGUAAGAACAUCCCGCGCUUGGUCCCCGGCUGGGUCAAACCCAUCAUCAUCGGCAGACACGCCCAUGGAGAUCAGUACAAGGCCACAGACUUUGUUGUUCCUGGACCUGGACGAGUGGAGAUGACCUACACGCCCAAGGAUGGAGGGCAGGCUCUCAAAUUCGUCGUUCAUGACUUUGAAGGUACUGGUGGCGUUGCAAUGGGAAUGUACAACACAGACCAGUCCAUCCGAGACUUUGCUCACAGCUCCUUCCAGAUGGCGCUGUCUAAAGUCUGCCCUCUCUUCCUCAGCACUAAAAACACCAUCCUCAAGAAGUACGACGGCCGAUUCAAGGACAUCUUCCAGGAGAUUUACGACAAGGAGUAUAAGGCUCAGUUUGAGGCUAAGAAAAUCUACUAUGAGCACAGGCUGAUUGACGAUAUGGUGGCUCAGGCCAUGAAGUCUGAGGGAGGGUUCAUCUGGGCCUGCAAGAACUACGAUGGAGACGUCCAGUCCGACUCUGUGGCUCAAGGUUAUGGCUCUCUGGGUAUGAUGACCAGUGUGCUGAUCUGUCCUGAUGGGCGCACGGUGGAGGCCGAGGCUGCACACGGCACGGUCACACGCCACUACCGCCAGCACCAGCAGGGCAAGGAGACCUCCACCAACCCCAUCGCCUCUAUCUUCGCGUGGACACGGGGACUGCUGCACCGCGCUCAGUUAGAUAAGAACCGUGAGCUGCGGGUGUUCGCAGAGGCGCUGGAGGCCGUCUGCAUCGAGACCAUCGAGGCCGGCUUCAUGACCAAGGACCUGGCCAUCUGCAUCAAGGGCAUGGCCGAUGUGCAGCGCUCCGACUACCUGAACACCUUCGAGUUCCUCGACAAACUGGCAGAUAACCUGAAGAUCAAGCUGUCGAGUCAGCCGAAGCUAUGAAGCCAUCUUUAGUACUUGAAUCCACACGCCCACGCCACUCACACCCACACGUCCAGAUCUCCAGCCCUCGUCCAGCGCCAAUCCACAGGCAGCGGUCAACCUCUUCUCCUCCCGGUCCUGCUGCUGACCAAAGACGAGAGAGAGAGAGAACUGUGCCACUACUGCUGAGGGUGCACUUUCAGGUGGAAUAAAUGUGAAAGUGCCUUUGUAAAGGGUUAGGGGUGGUGUAUGUACACACACACACUAACAGACACACACACACACAUACAAACAUGCACACAUGCAUACACACACUAGCACAGUGCUAACCCUUCACACUGUUUUAGCUACACCAUGAAGACCAUGUUUUACUGCAUUUCUAAUCAUAUCAAUUUCAGUCCCAGUCAGGUGACAUUUUAAUAUUGCAGCAUUAAUUUUGCACUAGCACUUGUCCAAUAGUGCAGACCAUAGUGUGUUUUAUGUCGGUAACGUGUAGAACAUGUUUCAGUCAGUCUGUGCCCGGGUACGUGAACACCCGUUGCCUUAUGUGUCUGUGUGUGAGGUCGUUCUAUUCCCUGUGUCGCUCCUACAACAACCCGUCCAACAAAUUAUAAUGGAACUACUACUUUAAAGGAGAAAUCGGGUGUGAAUUUGUACUUGGGUGUAGUGAAAUGUGAUAACUAGUACAAACUUUUUACAUAUAGCCCACCUCCAUUCUUCUCCAUCAUUCCAAAAUCCAAAAGAUUUUAUCCAAUGCUCCCAACAGGCGUACAAUGCUAGUGAUAGGGGUAUAGCAUUGUCCAUGUUAAGAAAUCACUAUUUUUACACCAUUAACAUCAGUCAUUUUUUUUGGCACUGGGAUGCUGGGAGGGAAUGGAGAUGGGCUAUUCCACAAGAGUUUGUACUCAUUAUCUUGUUUCACUACACCACAAGUCCAUUUCACACUGGAGUUCUCCUUUAACUCUAUACUACUUUUACACAAAUCUGUAUGCGAUGUUGCUGUGUAUCUUGAGCUAAUAAAAAAAGUGGGACCAUGA